AUGGCUGCUGGAGCUGAAACUGAUAGUGGAGAUGAUGAAACGGGCUCUGGCAAUUGUGGAGCACCUUUUAUCUGCCUGCCAGCCUGCAUCCUUCAAGGCGAGUUCCUCAGGUGCACAGUCUGUAUCAGUUGUUCGACUCAACAUCCUGUCUCCCAUCCCCCCUCGGGUCCCGGCAGAAAUCCACGAUACAUGGGCGUGGUUCAAUUCAUAGGCCACGCGGUCCAUGAAUGGGUUCGCGACCGGGAAACUUGA